AUGCCUCCUAAAGAUGAUCCACAAUCUGAAACUCUGAGUGCAGCUAAUUACGUGAAGCCACCAAAGCCACUCCAAAUAACCGGUGGAAACCUUUCAUCGGCAUGGAAAAAUUGGAUCCAGCUUUAUAAAUGGUUCGAGAUAGCUGCACAACUAAACAAAAAACCAGAGGAAAUCCAAGUGGCAACAUUUAUGUCAUGUAUAGGAGCAGAUGCAGCAAACAUCUAUAAUUCUUUUUCCUUCACAGAAGCCGAGACUGAUAAAGUAUCUUCCAUAAUUAAUAAGUUUAACGAGUAUUUUUCUCCUAGGGUAAGCUUAACAUUUGAAAGGUACACCUUUAAUACUCUAACUCAACGCGAAGGAGAAAGUUUCGAAGAAUUCUUAACAAAAAUUAAAAAUCAAUCAAAAAAAUGUGCAUUUGAAAAUCUUGAAGACUCAUUAUUGCGGGACAAAAUAGUAACGGGUAUAAGAAAUGAUAGUCUGCGUGAAAAAUUAUUAGCAGAAGAUGACAUCAAACUAGAUCAGGCUAUAAAGGUAUGCAGAGCAAGCGAGAUAGCUUCCCAGCAAUUGCGCGAUUUACAUAAGCCCGAAACAGCAGCAGUUGAUGCAAUAAAAAAAUAUAACCCACAUUAUUACAAAAAAUCACCAAAAGCCAAAUCUUCAUUCACCUACACAUGCAGAAAUUGUGGGACAGAGCAUGAAAAAAAUGAAUGCCCAGCUUACAAACAAAAAUGCCAACACUGUAAAAGAACUGGCCAUUUUACCGAUCUAUGCUUUCAGCGAAGAAAAAAAUUCGAUAAGAAGAAAAAAGUAUACACCCUACAAGAAGGCACACAACCUGUUAGCGAAAGUGACAAUACUAGUGACGAUUCAAGCGGUUUGUUCGUUCUAGCUCUCACAAAAUCAGAAACAAAUAAGGAUGAGACAAAAAAUUGGUACGAAGAAAUAAAAAUCGAGGAAAAAACAAUCAAAGUUAAACUCGACACCGCCGCGCAGUGCAACGUGCUUCCAAUUAUAGCUUUCGGUGGAACAGAAAUCGACGUGCGCGGUGAACUAACCCUAGAUUGUGUUGUGCGCAAUAAAAAUCGAAAAAUAAAGUUCUUGAUUGUGAAAGAUUUUCCAGAUUUUGAGCCAAUAUUAGGCAAAGAUGACUGUGAAAAGUGUUCUCUAGUGCUGCGUGUGCAAGAAAUAAACUUGGAUAACGAGAUUUUCCAAGGACUUGGAAAGGUCAAAGAUUUUGUCUAUGAUAUUGACCUAAUCGACAAUCCAAAGUUUGAACAUUAUGCGCCAAGAAAAAUUCCUCAUUCCAUUCGAGAUGAUGUCAAAAAAGAAAUUGACAAUAUGCUCAGACUCGGUGUUCUAAUCAAAACGGACGGAUUUCCCCCUGCAGUUUCACCGAUGGUAGUGGUAAGAAAGAAGGACAAAAUUAGGGUAUGUAUCGAUCCCACAGACGUUAAUAAAAAUAUACGUAGGCGUUAUCAUCCUUUACUAACCAUUGAACAAAUAACUGCAAAUAUUAAAGGAUCUAAGUUCUUUACACUAUUAGAUUGUACGAGGGGCUUUUGGCAAAUCGAGGUAUCAAAGAGAACACAGCAAUACCUCACGAUGUCAACUCCUUGGGGACUAUUUUCAUUUACACGAAUACCGUUUGGACUUGCGUGCGCACCAGAAGUCUACCAGAGCUACAUGCAAACAAUUCUCGAAGGAUGCCAAAACACUGAUGUCGCUAUUGAUGACAUAUUGAUCCAUGCGAAAACUCAAGAGGAACUGCAGCAACUCACAGAUAGCUACUCCGGUUUUUUCGACUACACAGAACUCAAACAAACAACAUCAACUGAGGUUAUUAAGGCUCUGAAGGUCUGUUUUGCAACCCAUGGCAUCCCAUCGGUCCUGGAAUCAGACAACGGGCCACAAUUCGCUUCAAGAGAAUUCGCUAACUUUGCUAAAGAUUGGGACAUCCAACACCAAACAUCAAGUCCCUACUAUCCCCGAUCCAACGGACUGGCCGAACGAUACGUGCAGACAGCGAAGUCAAUGCUAAAAAAAUGCUUCAAAGACCAAUCAGAUCCUUAUAUUGCGCUCCUGAAUUAUCGAAAUUCACCACGAAAUGAGGUUCUGCAAUCACCAAACCAACGACUCAUGAGCAGACUCACAAGAACAACUUUACCAGUUUCCCCUGAACUACUUAAGCCAAAGAUUAUACCGGACGUACACGAAAACAUCACCAAAAUGCGACAAAACUACAAAUCAAACUACGACAACAGCGCAACUCCAUCAAAACCCUUUCACGCUGGAGAUAGGGUACGUAUCCAACGAAACCAUCGAGAUUGGAUAACUGGAGUCGUCGAAGAGUCACCAAAACAUGGACCAAGGUCGCUUGUAAUACGAACAGAUGAUGGCAAACUUCUACGACGAAACAAAAUCCACAUUCAGCCUACUAAAUCGAUCAUCCAGGCACCAAAGUCAGUAACAGCAAAUAUACCACCUUCAAAUUCAGACUCUUUGAAACACACCAACAACCGUAGCAAAAUACCAAACACGCCAGAUCCGACUACAUCAACACAAAUAAACAAAUCACCAGAUUCAACCAAUUCCCCAGCUAAGACGACAAGAUACGGACGUGUCUUAAGACAACCCGAUCGCUACACAUCUACAAGCUUUAAAUAA